AUGCAUCAAGUAGACUCCUUUGGGGAAGAAAAGCCAGACAUAAAGGUAUGUAUAAAUAGUCUGACAAAGUGGACUCAGCCCCCCCCCCCCAAAUAAGCCACAAUAAAUUUGUUAGCCUUUAAAUGUUAGCCUUUAAAUGCCACAACACACUAUUUUUCCUGUAGUGGGUUGAUGUGGCUAUCAGUCUGGAAAUAACCCUCUCCAAAGUAAAGUACAUGAGAGCUUGUGAAGACCAGUGACUUUGAGACUCAGCUAGAAAUCUGACUUCCCCUGGUUUGAAUCUUGCUUCUGCCACAGACUCGCUAGAUAGGCAAGCCACAAUCUUGCCUCAAUUUCCCACCCUCAAUAUUGACCACUUUUCAAGGAUUAAGAGAAAAAAACUACAUGAAGGGUGCUGAACAGUAUACGUGCUGUGUCAUUGCUAGUCCUUAGUAUAUAUAUACAGUGGUACCUCGGGUUAAGUACCGUAUUUUUCGCCCCAUAGGGCGCACCGUCCAUAGGGCACACCUAGUUUUUUGGGGAGAAUAAAGAAAAAAAAUUAUUUCCCCCCCAGGCGCGGGGCUGGGGCGGGGGAAGCCCAAGCUUCCCCCAACCCCAGCCCCCAGAACAGGCUGCUAUCCGCAAGCCUAGGGAGCCCUGCGGGAACUCCCGCGGGCUCCCCAGGCUUGCGGAUAGCUUCCUGAAGCCUGGAGAGUGCGCACCGACCCCUCUUGCUCUCCAGGCUUCAGCGAAAGCCUGCAUUCGCCCCAUAGGACGCACACACAUUUCCCCUUCAUUUUUGGAGGUCUGUACUUAGCCUGAAACUGUUCUUAACCUGAAGCACCACUUUAGCUAAUGGGGCCUCCUGCUGCUGCCGCGCCGCCGGAGCCCGAUUUCUGUUCUUAUCCUGAAGCAAAGUUCUUAACCUGAAGCACUAUUUCUGAAUUAGUGGGGUGUGUAACCUGAAGCGCAUGUAACCCGAGGUACCACUGUUUACUGCAAGUCCUUAGUAUAUGUAUUUAACCUACCAACUCAAGAAAGAACUUCCUCUAUCUCUAUCUCACAAAGUGGUCCCUAACAUAUGAGACGAUUAGCUUUUAUUUGUAUUUGUAGAAUACUUAUUUCACAUUUUACAGACCCAGGAGGCGCUCAAAUCAGUUUACAAAAGAUCAUCAUAAUCCAACCUCAUUCAGUAUUAGUAUCUGGAACAGAAACCACACCAGGCCCAUAGGGUACCAGGAUCAUCCAGGCAACAUAUCCUGCCUUUGUCCUUUGUCUAUCCUGGUGCCAGCUCUCUACUACCUCCUACUAGGCAGCAGAGCCCAGACAAGGGAGUGGAACUUUCACAACUGGAACUUUUGUAGCCCAUGAGGAGGGCAAGUUUUUUCCUCCUGGCUGUUAGCAGUUUCUAGGGAGCAGCUCAGCCACUACUACCAAGGUCCUCUGAUACAGGGGGUAAGGCACAGCAGAGCAGCUGAAACUCACACAGCCCAUGACAGAGACAGGUUUUCCUUUCCUGACAGUCAACAGACAAAACAGAGUUUCCCUUCCUUUUUCCUUUUUUUUACACUCACAGAAUGGAAGCGGAGGAAGGAGGGGAAAGCAAGCUCAAAAACACAUUCUUAAAAGUCUCGUCCGAUCGUCAAUUGCGGUUCCCUUCCCCUUUCCGUGUGCCACGCAAAACAAGUGUGGCUAUUUUCAGCACAGCUUGAGGAUCACCGCGCUGGAAUAUCCUGCUUUCUGGCAGCGAAUUAUUGCGGGGCUUUGCGCUCGUGUUUACUGCAGCUUUUGCUAAAGGCGGAGCAGGGCUGGAAGGCAGCAAAAGCAGCAGCGAGAGGAGCGCAUGGAACCAUAGAACGGCGCAUGGGGCAGCCCCGCGGGGACCCGGAAGCCAUUCCUGCUCGGGCCGGAAGUCGCCCUCCCUCCUCCUCUCGCUCUCUUUCUGCCUCCAUCUUGCGCCCGGCUCGUCCUGUACAGUAAGUUCCCCCCGUUUGCAUCCGCCGCCAUCCUCCUCGGCGAGCCCCCUGACAGGGCAGGCGGGAAGCUCCCGAAGCGUAGGGGCUCGAGGCGGGGAAAGAUGCGGCGUUGGCGGGCGGGUCGAGCGCAGGGCUCCGGGGCCGAGCGACGGUUCCGCGAAUAGGCCGCUGCGCCCGAGUUGUAGGGCCUCGGCGGGCCUUCGGGAAAGGCCUUCCGCUCGUAGGCAGACGGGGGCAGGAGGCCCUGAAGGGAAGGAGCACUGGGAGGGAGAGCCGAGGGGGACGGAAAGACAUUUGGGAGGGAGACCCGGCUCUCCACCCGCCCCGCUUGGACUCGACCCUCACCCGUGGAGCUUGGAGGUCGACGCCUGGAGGACCCUGGGCCGCACCUGCCGCCUUGCCACCUCCCUCCCCACUUGCAAAGGGCUGUCACUCUUGGCAGCGGGGGAAGCGGGGCUCCGGCCUUCCGCUCAGAGGGGGUGCUCUCAUAGCGCUCCUCCAAGAAGGGUAGUUGCUGUGCAGGAAGGUUCCAGGAAGGUUGGCAUUGAGUGGGUUGGUGGCUGUGCGUGUUGGGGCACAGGCUUAAGCGCCUGGUGAAAUGAAGGGAGCUGAGGUUUGUCCCGCCGUUCACUUAAACUAUUUCUGUUGGGAUGCGUAUUAUGCCUGUCAAGGAGGAAGUGCACGGGUAAGGAAGCUCCCGCAUGAGAGUGAAUGGAAGAUCUCGCUGUACAUAUCCAUAGUUUGGGUACAUGACGGUUGUAGGGUGGAGUUGUAGCAAAGCAAAUACAGUCAUACCUUGGGUUGAAGUAGCUUCGGGAUGAAUAUUUUCGGGUUGCGCUCCGCGGCGACCCGGAAGUAACAGAGCGCAUUACUUCCGGGUUUCGCCGCAUGCGCAGACGUUCAAAAUGAUGUCAUGCGCAGAAGCGGCGACACGCGCAGUCACAUGUUACAUUCGCUUCAGGAUGCGAACGGGGCUCCGGAAUGGAUCCCGUUCACAUCCAGAGGUACCACUGUAGGUGCCUUGCUGGAUCAGACCAAAGGCCUACCUAAGGCUGUGCUCUUUUUCCAACAGUAGCCAACCAGAUGUUUUUUUUGGGGGGGGGAUCCUACAGGCCUUUUCUGUUUCUCACCAUAGUCUGCGAUGCUGCCAUUGAACAUGGAUGGUUAAUUUAGGUAUCAUGGCUGAUAGUAAUAAUGCCAAUCUUGCUUGCCAUACAACUUGGUUAGGUGAGGGUAGAAGGGAAUAAAAGCUUUUAACCCAUUGGUAAACAUUCAGGGAUGAAAGUUGAUUAUGGAUACAGAAGUUGGGCAGAUCUCCUGCAGUUGUAUCAAUAGUCCUUCAGUGGAUAUGGUUUUCUAUGCAUUUAGUACAGAAAUCGGGGCUGGUGAAAGUUAAGUAAUUUGACAGACAAAAGUUUUUAAAUGCAUGGUUUUUUUGUCUGUGUGACUACCUAGAACAAAUUGUGCUUGGAAGUGAUUCAAUUUGUUCAUAUGCAGCUUACCAUGAUAUUCUGAUUGUAGAGAAGCAAGAUUUUGGUUAGAUACCCUGUAAUGAUUUACACUAAUUCUGUAGAAAAAUUGACUGAAUUUUACUUCCCUUCUCCCAGAAAUGCCUGGUGAAGCCACAGAAACUGUUCCAGCAACAGAACAUGAGCUGCCACAGCCUCAUGCUGAGACAGGUUAGUGCCUUGGAUGACUAAUACACUUUCAGAAAGAAUCCUGAAACUCGUCCAGUCAGCCAGUUUAACAAAGCAGGUAAAACCAUUUGUGAAGGGUAGAACUUGCAAAUAAUUGAGGGCUAUUGUGGCAGAGUGGCUAAGAGUCUAGGACUGCAGUCUUGCACAUUUACCAGGGAAUAAGUCCUAUUGAACUCAGUAGGGCUUCAUUUGAGUAGACAUGCAUAGAAAUGCAUGGUAAAAGAGGUCAUGUGUAAGUUGCACUUUAAAAAGCUUGGUUUGAGUCUUACACCUGCCAUGAGCUUUCUGUGUAGCCUUCGAAAAGCCAAUAUCUGAGAUACUAUAUUUCUAAACUUCAGCCCCCCAUCUGCAAUAUGGGGAUAAUAAUCCUGGCUGCCCUUACAAUGUUGCUGUAAGGAUUAAUGAGACAAUGUGUGGAAAAUACUUGGAACUUGCCAUAUAAACGUUAUCAUGACUUUGAAGAAAUUGAGAUAAAUACUUUGAAAUUGUCCUCUUGUGCUCUUACCACGUUUAGUCUCCUCCACGUUGGAUGAGUUGCAUGGUCUCUCUCUGGAACAUGGCAGUAGCAUGCUUGACGUGAAUCACAAGCUGGAUAAACACUGCUAUCCCACCACAUUUUGAAGGUUUUUAGACUACAAAAUGUUAAAACUACUAACAACAGCUUCUGAUUUUUGUGUGUAUGCUAACAUUGGGUGAUUACUAGAUGAAACAUUAGAGAAAUGAGGAUCUUAACCUAGGUCAAAUUCUAGAUACUUGCUUAAUGACUUGGGAAGGUUUUCUUCUUUUUGGCCUUUUGUGCUGGAGUAAACUGUGUGUUUUAAAGGAUCCGUACAUGGUUUGUUUCCCAAUCAUGCUUCCACGUUAACAAAUGGGUUGAUGUGUAAGAAAUCUUCAGGAAGAAGGAGGCAGGUGGCUUAGUAAGAACCAAAGGAUACAACCUCUUCAUAUUUCUAAACCUGUGUGAGACAGUUGGGAAUUGGGCUGUUAAGCUUAUGAUCAUCCAUCAUUACUUUGUGACACAUGUUUCUUUUUGCAAAUUGGUGGUGACCACUGUUUAAGGUUGGAGAGGUGGUGACUCUGAUGCGACUGAAAUGGGGACCUCAGACUAGAAGGAAUUUUAAUCUGUUUAUUUGAAACCUACUAGAUGUCAAGUGGAUAACUUUCUAAUCCACUCACUAACACUGCCUAUCUUAAGCACAGAGCAGGGAAUCAUCGUUUUGUGACUGCAAGCCAAAAGAUUACAACAUAAUUUGGCAUUUACCAAGCAUUCUGAACUUGGCAAUAACACAGCUGAUGGAUGUGUUGGCUGUGAAAGUGCUUCAUUCUAGCGGAGUAGAAUUUUCAGCUGAUACUGCAUUUAAAAAUUGUAUUCUGAAGUGUGUGUUUGUGCGCACGUGCAUCCUUCUUACUUGGGACAUGCUAACUCUAAACCUUCCCUGUGUAUUGUGUCUCCAGUUAUCUGUCUUGAAGGUAUCAUGGAUGCUGGUUAGCAGAGAACCAGGUCUCCUUGUAUGCUACAUUUCCGCCUUGCCGCUUAGGGAACACUGCAUGACUUUGUGACUGGGUCUCUCCUAUACACACACCUACGCAUGGGGAUGCUGUACACUGCAUGACUGGUAAAUGCAAUGACUUCUGUCCAAGGGGUGUGAGAGUUUCUCUUAGGGAGGAAACACACAAGUUUGGUUGAAUAAAUAAAUGGAGCUGUAUAGAAUGGAGCAGUUUUUCUCUGAAGCAAACAGAAAAUGUCUGCCUGUCCAUAUUGUGGAUGUCGUGGUGUUGAAUGGCCUACCAAAUCUUAGCAAAGUCUACACUGGUUUUAAGCUUUUAUUCUGGCCCAUUAGAGAGUUAUGCCAAGGCACCUGUGUUGCAGAGAAGAGGUGGCUGUAAGUGCCAGUGUUGAUAUUGGCAAAAUGUGUGACACACUAGACAGAAUUCUGUGAGGAGAUUAUUGGGGCACAGCAAAUAGAUUUUGCUUUGCUCCAGUCAAGCUUUGCUGCUGGUUCUUGGAUGUAAGAAGUGGCAAAGAAGAUGCACAGCCGCUUUUCCAGAGCCACCCACACUGAAUGUAGAAGCAAGAUAGGAGGAGACAGAAGAACUGAUACAACUAGUUCUAAAUCCAGUACAUCAUCCAUUUUUGUUCAUAUUUACCACAGUCUGGUGCAUGAAUAUGCCCUUCUGCCCUCAAAGGCACUGGCUACUAAUGUGAUACAAACAGGGAAGGUUUUUAACUGCUUCCUCUGCUAGUGGUAGCUACAUUAAAAAAACAAAAACCUGAACUGACUUCCAUCCGUUUUAUCCCAUUAUGAAGUGGUUGCAUGCAUGACCACUGUGACGCAGUAAACGUGGCCCAGAUCGGCUUUUGAUACAUCAGUACUCGCAUUCAAGAAGCUGAUGUCAGCUGAGUUACAACUGUCAGAGUGAUGACACCAAAUCCUCAUGAUGGCUAGGAAACGUAACUUAAAUUGCCAGUUUCCUCUCCGGAGUAGAUUAUCCCUAUAAUGCUUCAUACAUUAAGGUUUUUAUUAGUCCUGCUGCCAUUUGUCUCUGGGCUCCUGAGGAUAACUGACAUCUUUCCCCAAUUUUGGAUGCUACUGAUUGCUAAUCACCUCAUGAGGCAUGUGCAGACUGUUGGGUUUCCUGAGUGGUAUCUGAACAGUUGACACUAUUUCAGUAACUCUACCCCCAGUUCCUGGGGUCCCCAUGGAAGUGAUGCAGACAACUGAGGAGUCCAAACCAGUUGCCACCAAGAAUCCUGAGGUGGCAGGCAAGGGUUCUCAGGCUGGGACUGCUCUGGAGCCAUCAGGUAGGUUUCAAGUUAAAACAGCAAGAUGGGAUUGAAAUCACUUCAUUUUAAUUUUUAAAAUGAAUUUUUUUAUUUUAAAAAAACUCUAUAAUGUAUAGUGGUGCCUCGCAAGACGAAAUUAAUCCGUUCCGCGAGUGUCUUCGUCUAGCGGUUUUUUCGUCUUGCGAAGCAACCCUAUUAGCGGUUUAGCGGCUAUUAAAGGCUUAGCGGCUUAGCUGCUAAAAGGCUCUUAGCGGCUUAGAAGAAGGGGGGGGAGCGAAAAAAAAUCUCAAGACUCGCAAGACAUUUUCAUCUUGCGAAGCAAGCCCAUAGGGAAAUUCGUCCUGCGAAGCGCAUCGAAAAACGGAAAACCCUUUCGUCUAGCGGGUUUUCCGUCUUGCGAGGCAUUUGUCUUGCGGGGCACCACUGUAUCAGGGCUCCAGAACUGCUAGCUUUGUUUAAGCUGAGAUCUUGUUUCCUGCUGGUGAAAGAAAUAAGUAAAUGUAGAUACUUGAAACAUACAUUUCUGCUGAUUAAAUACAUUACUGCAAGAGUUAACAGCUGUUAAGUAUGGUAUGCAGGUCUUCCUAAGAAGGCGUUUCUAUGGUUUGCUUGUGAUGUCCCUGGGUGUACUACUUGUAUAUAAUUUACAGUAGACCUGGGGGAAAUGUCAUAUCUCAGUGAUUCCAAGUUUCAGAUGCUGACAAUGAUUUAUUACUGCUUUUUUGCGGGAUGGGGGUGGUGAGCCACCAUAAAGGUUGAACCAAGGGUCAGCAACCUUUUUCAGCCGUGGGCCGGUCCAGCGUCCCUCAGACCAUGUGGUGGGCCAGAUAUAUUUUGAGGGGGAAAUGAAUGAAUUCCUAUGCCCUACAAAUAACCCAGAGAUGCAUUUUAAAUAAAAGCACACAUUCUACUCAUGUAAAAACAUGCUGAUUCCCAGACUGUCUGUGGGCCGGAUUGAGAAGGUGAUUGGGCCGCAUCCGGCCCCCGGGCCUUAGGUUGCCUACCCCUGGGUGCCUGCACUUUGAUGGUACUCUUUUAGGCUAGAUCAUGUUUUAUCUAAAAUGUCAUAGUUUAAUUUUAAGAAAUGGUUCAGCUUUCUUAGCAUGAAUCUUAUAACUUUCUGGUUACAUGUAGUUCUUGCCCCUUCCUUGUUUAACUUUUUUUGGGGGGGGGGUGAGAGAGAGAGAAUCUUCAUUCCCAUUAUUUUGCUCUCCCAUUGUAUACCUAUUUUCCCAAGAACUGAUCCACAGCAGUGGCUGUAGACAAGCGACCAUUUAAAGUUCAGUGACCAACACACAUUAUAUAGUGAUUCCUUUGCCUUCUUUUCUUCAUCUGCUUAGUAGAAACAUGACCUAGAAUCUACAGUUAAGGAAUCUACAGUUAAGUAACUCAUUCAUGAGAGACAGUUAUGAUUAUUGAAGCCAGCUCGCUCAUUGAACUGAGGCUUCUAGAAUUCUUACUGGAAAGCUUGGAAAUAAGGAAAAUCUUGAAGUAGUGAAUUGGUGUUAGUGUAGUCUGAGCACUUGCUCAAUCUGGCAUUUACAUCACCUUUCUGCUAAAUCUGUGCCUUGAAUUCUGGUUGUCCCAGUCCUGCUAUGAAGUGAUGCAGCCCAUGAUUUGAGGGAAUUCUCUCAGCAUUUUUUACUCAUCUGCUAGUCUAGCUGAUGAGUACAAAAAAGGGACCCUUGAUCCCCUCAGAAUCUUUUAUCAUGUUGUAUUAUAGCCAUUUUGUUUUUUACUGCCCUUAUGAAGGUCAAUCCCAGUGUUACGGAAGUAGCUCUUAAAUUCCUGUUUCUGGAAUUCUAAGAUCCUUCUGCUUAAGUUGCAUGUGGUAGUGGGCGUCUGUCCCAUGCAGUCGACAUUAAUAUAACAUGUGCUGGGCUCCUCUUCCCUGCAUGAUCUCACUGAGCGGUGUGCUUCUGGCUUCAUUUAAAGCAGUUUCUGCUCAUCAGAGUAGACUUGCAGGCAUUCCUAAUGCAGCUACUCUCAGGCCACACAUAUAAUUUAAGAUUAGUUAAUCCACCAUUUAAUGCUUUGAGGAAACAUCACUGAGUGACUCAUGCUUUAAAAGUUUGGGUGGAUGCUAGCUGUGUAAGUUGUAGCUUGCAUGUCCCAUUUAGGUUUGAAUUAUGCCAAGCCUGAAGUUGAAGGCAUCUUAGUUCAGGGAUAGACAGUUCCCAGUAGACUUAAUUUGUCAUUUUGACUAAGCCAAGAGAAUAGAACCUUCUAGAUGGUUCUAGCCCCAAGCUUAUUGGUUUGUCGUUAAUAACCUAUUGCUCUUGCUCAUUUAGCUCCUGCCACUCCAAACCCUUUUGCUGGUGCUUCUGAAGCACCUGCAGCCUGUUUUCCUCAGCUUCCUAUUCAAGCACCAGGUAUUUGCUGUUAGUCCCUAUGUAUGUCUCCUUAACAACAUUUUGCUGUGUUGUGUUGAUGCAGUUACAUUAACCAUAGUAUUUAGCAAAAAAAGACUUGGUUAAAGUAGUUAAAGUCACACUCCUGAGUUCUAUUCUUCGCUCUUCAGCUGACAUAGAUCAUAUACAAGUUACUGUGUAGAAUACAAACUUCUCUCUGGAGUUAGCAAAGUUAGUAAUGUAAGGAAAUGUAUUAUGGACUGAUCUGCCAUCUAGAUUACCAGAGGGAGGGUUUUAUUUUUUUCCUGUGGGUGCUUGCUGUUGACAGGCACACAGAAUUGGUGUGAAAAGUUCUGUGGUACCUUGCAUUGCUGUCUCAGUAUCUGUUUCAAAGAAUACUGGCAUUUUGUGGUUCCUGGGAUGCCAGUGGCUACACCUUGAAAUUACAUGCGACUUGUGUGAAGAUCUUGCUUUGAUCGCCCCUGCUUAUACAUUGGCCUAACCUCAGGGUAGGUGAAAAACCAUGUUCCCAGGCUUCAUUUCUUCAACCAGAUUAACUUGGGUCAUAUAGGAGUCAUUGCCAUUUAAAUGGAACAUGUACUACAAAGCAGUUUUCAAGCGGCGGCAGACUGGUAUAUUGUCCUAUUCAAAUCUGUGUACCCGGACACAACAUGGAAGGUUAAAUGUCAGCACUUGUAAGACUUUGCAACUUGUUUCUUGAACUAGAUGUUUUCUCCUCUAUAAUUGAGUUUCUAUUGAUAGCAUGUGUUGAGGGUGCCCAACCAGAUAUCUGGAUAAUAGAGUUGGAUAUGCAGUGAGACAUCCAGUGAGAGUGGUGACAAGUAUGUCGGGCUUGCCUGUGCACUGUCACGUGUUUUCAAAAGACUUGAUCCUGCACAUGUCCUCCAGCGGAAUAUUGGCACCAUACAAAGAGCCUUGGUUGAUGGGGUGGGGCAUACAAACACUGUGAUACUUUUUUCUGACAGCGGCUUCAGCAAUUUCUACCUCACAGGUAACUGAGAUGCAUUUCCAUGUGGGUGGCUGUAGAUAAUUCAUUUUUUCUUCUCCAUGUUUUCAUCAUUGAUUCACUUUUUCUCUCCUUUAGCUGCUGUUUCCGGCUCCUCUGUAUCUAGCGCUGCCCACCCUCCCUCUUCAUCCCAUGAUGCUAACUCUCCCCUUGCUGGACUCUGUCCUUCCAGUACUCCACUAGCACCUACUGACCUUGCUGCCUCACCUGGGCAGCUCUUCUCCUUUGUGGCUCCUCCUUCCUCCUCCUUCCCAAUGUCAGUCUCUCCUGGCUCAGCCUUGCCUCCUAGUGUCCCAGCUGUGGUGACCCAGAUUCCUUCCUCUCCCCUGAAGCCUCCGGAUCUGGCUGACGCUGCACAAAAAGUUAGCUCCUUGUCUCCCAGCAUUGCAGUAGGGCCUGCAGCUUCUGCCCCAGUUUCAAUAAUUUCCUCUGGGUCUCUUAGUUCAGCUCAUCCAACUACCCCUGUGAGCCUACCACUGGCAACAUCUGCAGGCCCAGUUCCUCAGGUGCCAUCGUGUCCUAUUCCAGCUCCCUUCAUUCUCCCAGUUGCUCCUGUUUCUCCUCCUCUGGUCCUUGGACCCACUGUUCUCCCUGUUGUAUCAAGCACAGUUCCUCUCAGCUCUCCUGUCAGUCCCACAGUCCCAAAGCCUCAUAGCACUAUGAUAUCGCCUGCUUCUCCUUCUAGACCCAAUAAUUCUGUUACAGCACCUCUUUCUCCUCUACCCCUUACAGUGACUACUCAAGGCUCUGCAGCCUCUCCAGUGCCAGCAUCUAGUCCUGUGGCACCCCCAGGGCCACCUGUGGGAUCUGCUUGCCACCCUGUGAUUCCUCCUUUGGCACCUAUAGCUGGCCCUGCAGCACCUGCUUCCUGCCCCUUGGCUUCUGUGGUGUGCCCUGGUGCCCCUCCUUUGUCCCCAGCAGUGCUUGCUCCUAGACAACUGAUACCUGCAGGGCCACCUGUGAAACCUGCUUCUGGGCCUGCGGCUCCUGUUUUGGCACCUGUUUCUAGCCCUGCGUUUGUGGCUCCAGCAGGGCCUGCUCAUGCACCCCUGCUACCUGCAGGGCCAUCUGUGAAACCUGCUUCUGCUUCAGCACCUGUUUCUGGCCCUGUGGCCCUAGUGGGCUCUGCUUCUUGUCCCGUAUCACCUGUUUCUAAGUCUGUGACUCCUGUUUUGGCACCUGUUUCUGGUUCUGUUUCCCCUCCAGUGUCACAAGGAGUACCUGCUCCUAUUCUGUUGGCACCUGCAGUACCAACAGUGAAACGUGAAUCUCCUGCACCUACUUCUGGCCCUCUAACCUCAGCUCUGCCUAUUUCUCAGCCUGUGGCCCCUGUUGUGGCUCCUCCUUCUGCCGCUGUAACCCUAGCGGGGCCUGCUUCUAGUCCUGUGACUCCUCCUUUGGCUACUGCUUCAGGACCUAUAUCUUCUGAUGCUCCAGUAGGAGUCGUUCCUCAACCACUGGCACCCGCAGCUUCUCCUUUGCCACCAACUUCUGAUCCUGUGGCUCCUCCUCCUGGCCCUAUGACUCCAGGGGCAUCUGCCUCUAGUCCCAUGGCUCCUCCUUUGCCACCUCCUUCUGGAUGUGCAACUCCUCCUAUAGUUGCAUCAGACAUUGCUUCUAAGCCACAAGCACUUGCAGUGCUGGCUGUGAAACCACCACCUCCAUCAGCACCUGCACCUGGUCCUUUAACCAUAGCAGGGCCGACUUCUAGUCCUUCGGCACCCCCUCCUGGACCUGUGGCCCCAGCAGGGUCUCUUCCUAGAUCAUUGGCAUCUGCAGUGCCACCUGUGAAACCCGAUUCCCCUUCGGUUUCUGCUUCUAGCUCUGUGGCCCCAGGAGGACCUCCCCCUAAACCUGGGGCACCUCUUGCCGAAGCUGUGCCUCCUCCUUUGGCACCUGUUUCUGAUUCCAUAACCCCUCCUGUGGUUGCAAAAGUACCUACAUCCAAACAAGUGGCACCUACAGUUCCACCUAUGGCAUCUACUGCUUCUUGCCCUUUGGCUUUUCAUCCCAUGGCUCCUCUUCUGGCACCUGUCUCUGUUCCUGGGGUUCUUGCUUCCUGUCCCUUGGCCUCAGCAGGGCCGGUUCCUAUGGCCCCAACAGAAGGGCCUGUAUCUAGUCCUGUCACCCCAGCAGGGCCUGCAUCUAGUCCUUUGAGCCCUACUUCUGGACCUGUGGCCCCAGCAGUGGUCCCUCCUAGACCACUUCCCUCCACAGGGCCACCUCUGAAACCUGCUUCUGGACCUGUGGUUCCUCCUUUGGUUCCCCCAUCUGGGUCUUUGGCACAUCCUGCAGUACCAGAAGGGGUUGCUUCUAAGCCAGUGUCACCUGCAGUGCCACCUGUGAAACCUACUUCACCUUUGUCACCUACUUCUGGGCCUGUUUCCCCAGCAGAGACCCUUCCUAAGCCACUGGCCCCCACAGGCUCAGCAGUGAAACCUUCUCCUUCAUCCCAGCCUGUGGCUCCUCCUCUGGCACCUCCUGUGGGCCCAGCAGGGCUUGUUUCUAAGCCAGUGCCUCCUGAAAAACCUGCAUCUCCUUUGACACCUACACCUGGCCCUGCGGCCCCAGCAGGGCCUCCUUCUGGUCCUACACCUGCCCCUGUAACUCCACUUGUGGCCCCAACAGUGCCUGCUCAGACCCCUUUGGCACCCGUAGUGCCUGUUGCAAAGCCUGCUUCUCCUUUGGCAGCUGCACCUGAGCCCUUCGUUCCCCCUGUAUCCCCAGGUGUGCCUGCCUCUAGCCCUGUACCCUCAACAGCUCCCUCAGUGGCCCCUCCAGUUCUCCCUGUAACUUCUGCAGCUGGCCCCAAAGGCCCUUCUGUAGACUCCUCUGUAACUGUGACCCCCACUGCUUCCCCUAAGUCUCCCGUUGUUUCUGCUUCUGGCUCAGGAGCCUCCCCAGUGUCACCUGUUGUCUCUGCUCCUGGCACUGUGGCCACCACUUCCCCACUGGCUGCUUCUACAGCCUCUGCCACCCCAAGCACUCCUACCCCUCUUUCUCUGGUGACCCCUGCCUCUGCUAUCCCUUUUGGCUCUGCUGCCUUGCCCUUGGAUGUGUCCCAGGUCCCUGUCAGCUCUGCUGGGGAUAAGGCACCUCCACCAAAAACAACACCAUUGCCUCUUGCACCUGCUGAUCUUUCUGUUUCUGCCACAGCUACAAGCAGUCUCACUCAGCCUGCUUCCCCUGUGCCACCUCCUACUUCCCCUGUAAAAAAGCUAACUCCCUCUGCUGUGCUUCCUAAGCCAUCACCAGUUUCACCUGCAUCUGGUCUAGCAUCUGAAGUGCCACCCAAACCCCCCACCCCUGUCUCUGCUGUCAUUGAAGACGACGAGUUGCCGCCUUUGAUCCCUCCAGAGGUGCCUGCUGGGGAGCAACCUCUGCAGCCAAUCCUGGUGGAUUUCUCUCCCAAACAAGCUGUGGCCCUUGCUGAGGCCCCAGCAACUGCUCCUCCUGCUCCUCUUCCUCCUCCUGCCAAACAGCCUGUCCUGAAGAAUGAUAAGGGUAUUUGCCUCCUUGGUUUGCUGUGUGCAUGGAUAUCACAGACUGCUCACUGAAUACUAACCUGUCUGUAUGGGCAAGGGGUCCCAAGUUUCUUCCCUUGGGCUCCUUGCUUUGUUUGUUAGUCUAGAAAAGUAGUAUUUAGAAGUGAAGCCAAAGUAAGUCCAAGCUGAGCUGUAACCAGUUGUGGUCAGAGCCAAUUGAAAACUCCUUUUGUGUUGGAAUCGAGACUUGUGCACAGGAAUGUACGGCACAAAUGAGAGAGUCACUUCACAUGCUCAGCAUGUUGUGAAUGUCUUAUUGAGGGUGUGACAUCAAUGUUGCCUUGGCUGGUAUUUCUGGAAUAGCACUAACCUAGAAACCCUAAUCACAGCUUUGUUUUCUGUAGCACUGUAGCAGUCCUGUCUCCAAUCCUAGUACUUGGCUUGUGAUUGGACAUCUAGUACAUCUUGUUAAUUAAAAGUGCUUUAAGUGAGUUGUUCAUAGAUUUAGCAUGUGUUGCCAACUCUUGUGUAAUGUUUUAUCCAGACUCUGGAAGAAACUGCAGUGUCCACUAUUCACUUCAGUUGUGCUUUGUCUGUAUUUGUACUUGCACUGGGGGGUGGGGUUACACAGAUGGCAGUAUGCUGGCAGUAGUUCUCUAUUAAAGACAUAUUAAACAAGAUGCAUGCUAUUUGUUAAAAUCAAACAUCUGCCUAAAUUCAAGAAUAAGUGAGGCUUUGCCUAGCUACCAGUGUGGUCUGGUGCAUAUGCAAGUACAGUGGAACCUCUGUUUUCAAACGUAAUCCGUUCCAGAAGUCCAUUCAACUUCCGAAAUGUUCAAAAAUCAAAGGGCUGUCAGCAAAGAGAAUGGUAAAAAUGGAAAAACACGCUGCAGAAGCCAUUCGACUUCUGAGGCGCAUUUGAAAAUGGAAGCAUUCACUUCUGGGUUUUUGGUGUUUGGCUUCCGGAACGUUCAAAAACUGAGGUUCACUGUAUUGGGAAAGAUGCUAGAGUAUUACAUAAACUAGAAUUAGCUGAGUUCAUUGGCAAGUGAGAAAAUAGUUGUACUUGUUCUAGGAAAUGUGUUCUAUAGAUAUAUUUUGUUACUUUCACAAUUGUUGGUCAGUCAUUUUUUCCCUCCCAUUUACAUCACAGUCACUUAGUCCUAAAAGGACAAGGGUGGGUAUCAUUCGAAAAGACAGCGGUGAACUUCAUUCUAGGUUCUUGAGGUGAAGCAUAUCCAGGCCACUAUUUCAGAACUGAGCUUUUAAAAUCUGUGUUGUUUUGUUAUUUUAAAAAGCCGAGGAAUUAACAAAGUUAAAUUGAGUCAUUGGGAAUGUGCUAUGGGCUCCUCAACUUCCACCUCCCUCCCCUCCCCCCAUUGGGUAUUCUACUUCCUUUCCAUGUUUUGCAAUAACUACAGUUUGUCAUGACACCCAGCACACUAUAAAGACCCAUCAUCUCAUAACUAUCCUGACUAACCCUACUUAGAGAUAGCCCAAUUAAGACAUAAUCACAAAUCAUGGAAGGGAAAGACAUAACUGCAGAGAGUAUGCAAGUCUGGAACACAUUCCUAAUCUCAAACCAUUGAAUUAAGCCAGAGCUCAGCUGCCAAUUCUCCUACAUGUAGAAGUGGUAUCUCAAUCCUAAAAAUGCAAGCAAGAUCCUUCCCCCAGGAACUUUUCUCUUCAUACACUACAACUAAUAUUAGCAUGCCUAGAAUACCCACACUUUCCCAGAUAUUUGUUUUUAGCUGAAACUCUUAAAACUUUAAAAAAGUCUUUUUGCCUCACCUUUUCCCAUACACACAGACCUAUUUCUAGUAGUAAUAUCUGAAGGCAGUGACCUGAAUUACCGUAUUUUUCGCUCCAUAGGACGCACUUUUUCCCCUCCAAAAAUGAAGGGGAAAUGUGUGUGCGUCCUAUGGAGCGAAUGCAGGCUCGCUGAAGCCUGGAGAGCGAGAGGCAUCGGUGCGCACCGACCCCUCUCGCUCUCCAGGCUUCAGGAAGCUAUCCGCAAGCCUUGCAAGCCCGGUGGGAGUUCCCGCGGGCUCACAAGGCUUGCAGGCAGCAGCCUGCAGCCCCGGCGAGUGUCCGCAAGCCUUGCGCGCCCGGCAGGAGUUCCCGCGGGCUCACAAGGCUUGCAGGCAGCAGCCUGCAGCCCCGGCGAGUGUCCGCAAGCCUUGCGCGCCCGGCAGGAGGUCCCGCCGAGCGCGCGAGGCUUGGGGCAGCAGCCUGUCGCCCGAAGCACGGGAGCCCUCCGGAGGGCUCCCGUGCUUCGGGCGAGUGUCUGCAAGCCUUGCGCGCCCGGCAGGAGGCCCCGCCCAGCGCGCAAGGCUUGGGGCGGCAGCCUGUCGCCCGAGCACGGGGAGCCCUCCGGAGGGCUCCCGUGCUUCGGGCGAGUGUCUGCAAGCCUUGCGCGCCCGGCGGGAGGUCCCGCCCAGCGCGCAAGGCUUGGGGCUGCAGCUUGUCGCCCGAGCACGGGAGCCCUCCGGAGGGCUCCCGUGCUCGGGCGAGUGUCUGCAAGCCUUGCGCGCCCGGCGGGAGGUCCCGCCCAGCGCGCAAGGCUUGGGGCUGCAGCUUGUCGCCCGAAGCACGGGGAGCCCUCCGGAGGGCUCCCGUGCUUCGGGCGAGUGUCUGCAAGCCUUGCGCGCCCGGCGGGAGGUCCCGCCCAGCGCGCAAGGCUUGGGGCUGCAGCUUGUCGCCCGAAGCACGGGGAGCCCUCCGGAGGGCUCCCGUGCUUCGGGCGAGUGUCUGCAAGCCUUGCGCGCCCGGCGGGAGGUCCCGCCCAGCGCGCAAGGCUUGGGGCUGGCAGCUUGUCGCCCGAGCACGGGAGCCCUCCGGAGGGCUCCCGUGCUUCGGGCGAGUGUCUGCAAGCCUUGCGCGCCCGGCGGGAGGUCCCGCCCAGCGCGCAAGGCUUGGGGCUGCAGCUUGUCGCCCGAAGCACGGGAGCCCUCCGGAGGGCUCCCUUGCUUAGGGCGAGUGUCUGCAAGCCUUGCGCGCCCGGCGGGAGGUCCCGCCCAGCGCGCAAGGCUUGGGGCUGCAGCUUGUCGCCCGAGCACGGGAGCCCUCCGGAGGGCUCCCCGUGCUUCGGGCGACUGUCUGCAAGCCUCGCGCGCGAGGCUUGGGGCGGUAGCCUGCAGCCCGAAGCACGCGAGGCUUGGGGCGGCAGCCGCGGGGGGGGGUUAUUCAUUCCCCCCCAAAAAAACGAGGUGCGUCCUAUGGACCGGUGCGUCGUAUAGAACGAAAAAUACGGUAAUCUUUGAAAGAGCUAGUGUUUUAUAUGCACUGUCUUGAAGCCCAGGCUGAGCAAAGCUCAAAGCACCUCUAUUGCUACAAAUAUUAUAGCCAAUAAUAAUAAUAAUUCAUUAUUUAUACCCUGCCCAUCUUCCCCAGCCACUCUGGGCAGCUUCCAACAAAAUAUUAAAAUACAAUGGCCUGUUAAACAUUUUUUAAAAAAUGAUAACAUAAAGCACUUCCAUUCCAAAGUCAUUUGUCUGUAGGUUGCAUCCUUUCUGUGUCGUUUGCUUUGCUACCUGUAUUGGGAAUAAAUGCCUCUGCCACUAGAUAAUUGUGACUUUUCUGGAUUGGUAUGAGUUUCUUGAUGUGCAUUAUCACAAUAAAAGGGAGAUAAAAUCUGCAUGAUCAAGUUGGCAACGCCUUUCAUGUUUCCCCUGGGCUUCUUCCACACCCAGCUGAAGCCAAAAUGGAAAAAAAAGGAUUGCACACAUUUGUAUUUGCAGGGUCUGGAACAGAAUCUGACAGCGAUGAGUCAGUGCCAGAACUUGAAGAACAUGACCCUACGCAUGCCACAACACAUCGGACAGAGGUGAGAAGCAAAUAACUGGGCUGCAUUUAAUUGGCAUCCGGGGCAGGGCCACAAAACCUGUGACGUUGAAGAGCUGCCAAUGUGCAAAAAACCACACACCAGGAUGCUUAACACACAAUUUACUGUGUGUGCUUUGUUCAGCCACACAUACUUUAACAAGCAUCCUUGUCCUAGGAUGGUUUGCCUUCUGACCAGUAGGUAGUGAGUACAGUCUGAAAUUCUUUGUUUAAAAUCCCAAGUUUGAAAAAGCAAACAAAGAAGCAAAUUACACAAGAAUAACAAACAGCAAGUAUUGUUAAAUGUACACUUUUUACAAUUCUCCGUAAUUUUUAUUCAAUCUGGAUUAUAAUUGAAAUAGUGAAAGGCAAGAGGAAAGUUGCUGUGGUGAAAAAGCUUGCAAAGUCUACAGUUUGUAACAUCUUAUGAUGGAUUGAAGGGCAUUGUAAGAGCAAAACAUUUCAGGUCCUACUGGGACAUAGAAACAGCAAGGACUAUUCCUUUGUAUUUUUAAAAUAUAAAAGGAAGCAAUUACUGAAUUAUGCUGGACUUAUUUUCAAAAUAUGGAGAACAGCCAUUGCUGUGAGAUCUUUGGGUUUUUCUGUUGUUCCAGCCUUUUCUCUGGAUAGUAAGCCUUUUGGUUUUGUUUAAUCCAAGUUGAAUAACAGUUGUGAAGAGUGCCAAAGCUUGCUCACUACUUUGCACUGUUUUAUUUGCAAUGUUACUCUACUGUGGUUUUUGAAUGUUAUUCUAUAUCCGGUCAUCAGUUAAGAUUGCUUCUGUAAGGCACAUAGGCUUUGGUUGGUGAGUCUCCAGGGGAAGAGAAUUCUAACAUCAUGGGACAACCACAAGGAGCACCUUUCUGUGUGCUCUUGUGGUCCUAACUUGGCACAUAGAUAAUGUACUUCAGUAUAUGAAUUUAUGCUAGUACAUGGGAGUGGAGUGAUUUCUUUGGCAUGCUUUGCAAAUACCUGGCCCUCCCUGCUUGGAUUUGGAGGACUGGUAGGGUAGAUGGGCAUGUGCAUAUAAAUCUGUUCUCUCGUUUCCAUUGUAGAAAGAGGGCACAAUAAAUCUGCAGUCAGAAAAUGUAUUUGGGGAGGGGGACUUUCUGCUGGGCAUCCCUUUAACUCCAUUUUGGGUCUUUUUAUUUGCAGCUUGCAGCAGCAGCUGAAAUAGAUGAAGAACCAGUUAGCAAAGCAAAACAGAGUCGGAGUGAAAAGAAAGCACGGAAGGUAAAAUGAAGUUGAUUGGAAAUGACUGGUGUUUUGCUGAUUCAGCCUGGGGAGGCAAUAGCUACUCAAACAUUUUAUCCCCAAUUACUUACCUAUAAUCAUUUUAGCAUACUCCUUGGGAUGUUCUUCCAGAACCUAUUUUAUUGCAGCCAGCAAAAGGGAUUGAUCUAUGUGCCUAUUUGUUCUUUCUCUGAAAUGUUAUCCUUCAUUCACAGAAGCAGCGAAGGAGGAGAGAAAUAACUCAAGGGAAACUACAUAGUUAGGCAUGGGCCCAUUCCUCUAGGCUUUUCUCCCAACCCUGUUCAUAAACUACAAAAACAAACGUGCAUUCCCCAAACACACAAAGUAAUUGGUUGGGUUUUUUGGUUGUUGGUUUUAUUUUGAGUAAGUAUUCUGUAUGAGUUAGUGACACAGCUAGGAAUGGACACUAGUUCUGGUUUUGCUUUUGGGGAAAGGGUUUUUUGUUUUGUUAAUCAAAUGAGGAAAAAAUGCCUGCUGCACUACUGGAGUAGCUUUAGCACUGUUAGAAAGACUUUCUAUAAACCAAAGAGCCAGGUUCUUGCCGUGACUAGUUUAGCUCUUAUACUCAGUAGCUGCUUCCCCCACCCACCCACCCAAAAAAUUAUUUCUCCUUUGCUUUUAAGGCAAUGUCUAAGCUUGGCCUUCGUCAAGUCACAGGUGUAACCAGGGUUACAAUCCGGAAAUCCAAGAACAUCCUGUUUGUCAUCACCAAGCCCGAUGUCUACAAAAGUCCUGCAUCAGAUACCUAUAUAGUAUUCGGUGAAGCAAAGGUAAGCUAAGCUCAGGAAUGUCUAGUUAGACUUUGGGGCCUUGCAAUUUGAAGAACAGGACAGUUGCACUAUGUUGUUUCUCUGCCACUGGAAUGGGAGAAGAGUUCUAAAAUUGGAGUGGGAAGCGGGGGGGGGGGGUCUAUAUCUGGAAAUGCUGGUCGUUCUUGUCAGUAGUGCUUGCAGAGGCCUCCAUUCUGUUCUGUGUUGCUUACUUACUUCAGUUGCAACAGCCUCACUGACCUCUCUCUUUCUCACCCAUCUCUAACAGAUUGAAGAUCUCUCACAGCAAGCACAGCUGGCUGCUGCAGAGAAAUUCAAAGUGCAAGGAGAAGCCGUUUCAAACAUUCAGGAAAACACACAGACUCCCACUGUACAAGAGGAGAGUGAAGAGGAAGAGGUAUGCCACAUACUUUCUGAAUAAGUAAUUUCAGCCUUGAAACUGGCACUCACGGCCAACUCAGAGCUGUUGGUCUUUUUAAUGUCUGCCUUGGUGAAUGAGACAGGAAGAGCUUCUCCUGCUCAUCAGGAGUUUCUUGAUUUCUGACGUGUGGGGAGAGUAUGGUUCUUCAGGUGGGUGUGAAGGGUAAAGCUCAGUGCUCCAUGUGGUCUCAUUAUUCUUAGUGCCCCUAUUGGGCAGCCUGCACUAACCAACCAACACCCUGCCUUCGUCUUGUGAGCUUUCAGCUUCCUUCGUAUCCGCAGGUGCAUACCAAACAGAUUGCAUAUUUCAUUGAAGUUUUCUCCUCCUUUUAAAAUGCCUACAAGUGCCUCAGUGGCCUUCAACACACAAAACUCCAAGCCAUGAUUUGUUUCUCCAAAGGUCUGUUUGUUUUCCAGCUCUUCUUGAUUUGUGCCUUUGUUUGGGAUGGAGUAGCCAGACCAUCCAUGGUUAAGGCAUAAUUGUAAGUUCCCGCAUAAUGCCAUAACCCAACAAUAAACUGUGGCUUCAGAUUAUGGUUUGCUUAUAGUGGACAGAGUUCUCACAUUAUGCUAAGCCAUGGAUUGAUAAACUGUUGCUCAUUAUGCUAAGCCAUGGAUUAAUAAACCAUAAUUCAGCAUUAUAUGCAAACCAGGCUAGUGUGAAACCAGUGCACACACCCAACUUUUUCUUACCUGCUGCAGUCAUGGAGAGUUGUCAUGCACCCAGUCUCUUGUUUACCAUCAUCCCAGCUUCCUGUUUGAAUUUGGGGAGGGGAACUUGAUCUUAUUCCCAAUGAGCAAUCUGCUUAGGUUCUCCUGCCCCCAAACUAUUGUAAUUGGUGUCACUUAUAGAAAUAAUAGAGCCAGCUGCUCUCUUCUCACAGAUAUUGGCAGGUAGCAGGAGUGACAUGGGCACUGAGGAUGCAUUUUUGAUACAAACAUUCUAUUAAUGAUCAUGAAUGUCUUACACAGAAUACCAGUGACUAUAAUUGUACUUGCACUGGACUUAGAAAACUUCCUCUUGUGGAAUGAACUGGCAUACAUUUAGCUGCCUAACAGGCAGGGGCAGUUGUCAAAAGAAAUUCAUUACCAUUCCAGGCUUGCAUUUUAUUGGCUCUUUGGUGUGGGCAGACACAGAGCCCAAAUCAAGCUGUGGGGUUAGAGUUCUAAGCAUAUGUAGAGAGCACACUCACUUGCCUGUCUGUUUCAAUCUAUUCUUCCUUUCUAUUUGAAAGAGCAGGUGAGUUUUUCAAGUUUACCAGGGACUCUUUAACAAUAAUUUGGGGUUCCCUGUGCCUGCUUUAUCUUGUGGCUUUUGUAAACCUUAGGUUGAAUAGAUCCUUAACUUUUAAGGAUCCAUGCCAUUUCUCUCCGACUUGGCAGAAAAGGGCUUGAACAACUGUCCUGAGACAUUAUCUUUCCCCAUCCAGGUUGACGAGACUGGUGUCGAGGUGAAAGACAUCGAAUUAGUGAUGUCCCAAGCGAAUGUUUCCCGAGCAAAAGCCGUUCGUGCCCUGAAGAACAACAGUAACGAUAUUGUAAACGCUAUUAUGGUAAGUUCCUGCUUGAGUGACAUUUAUCACAGGGCCCAUGGACCCAGAGCCUGGAGAACAGAUGGCAAAAAGUUCAUGGCCAUUUUAUGUCAUCACUUCACCACCAGAUUAAUCCAUUUCUUGGAAAUGCACUGUUUUCUGUCUCUUGCCCCACUGCAGCUGCUUUUCAUCAGUGACUAUAACAUUUAACUACCUCUCAGCAUUGAAAGGAUGUCUGGAAAAGUCAAAUGCAACACAAUGCAUUUUAACACCUAUGUUUUCAAGUAUAUCUAAACAUAGCUUAAUAUUUACUAAGAUUCGUUUGCAACAGUGUGCCUCGGACAACUGGAUGUAUAGAUGGCAUUUACUAUGAAACGGUUUUUCCGGUGAUUUUUUUUUAUUGUGAUCUUGAGCAGGGUAUAUGUAUGCUGAACAAUGUAACAUCAGCAACUGCUUAUAGGCAUGUGUGGGUCAGUGGGUACUGUACACAAAACUGCUCUAGUGCGUAAGAUCAGAUGUAUCAGAUACACCCUACAAACAGAUUUAACUGCCAUGGUUUAGCUUUGCAAAAUUUCUGAGAAGUGUCUGGUUGGUGUCAGUUGGCUUCUUCACAGAAAUGCAGUUCCUAAGGUUCCAGGAGGGAGGACGAAUCUUCUCAGUGGAAACCACUUGAAACAUCUAGUGCAGAUUUGUCUGUCCUUUGGGAACAUAAAUGCAUCAGUUCUCAAUGUUAUAUCCUAGGCAACUACUUGGGAACCAGGCACUUUUUUGCCUGUCCUCAUCUGAUUACUUUAUCUUGCUGCUAGAGUUACGCCUGCUGUGUUCUGCAUCCUCUCCAUCUUAAAUCUCAGGCAGCCAUAACAAUAGCCCCCCCAAGGUCAUCCUGGCUGUGCAGGAUAGAUGAACAGUCGGCCAGUUUCCCACUGGUAAAAUACCCAAUAACCCAGCACUUCCACAUCCCAUCACCUAUGGGAAAACAGAGUUUCUAAUUCUCUUUUUUUCUGUUUUUUCCCCCAGGAGUUGACGAUGUAG